GGCCAAAAGGCCGGUGCGAAUUGACAAAAGGGCGACUUGAAAGCAUCACAGACGAAAACUCGGUGUGCGUGUGAGUGUGUGUGUGUUUGCCGUCAGCCAUUAUUUCUUGGUAAAGCCGGAUCGUAUCGGACGUGACUUUCUGUGAAACAUAUCGGCUGUUUUACAGCUUGCAAGCUACAUAUUUUAUAAAGGUUGGUCGUAGAACAUUGACUAAUAGCUAAAGGAUGGAUGAAGAUAUGCAUUUGAGUCUGGACGAGAUUAUUCGGAAGCGAAAGGUGCGCGCUCGGCAGGAACGGUCCGGAGAUGGGCCAGCGCCGAAAGGCGCUCACGUUAGUGGGCCCCGGGGAUUUCGGGGCGAGAACACGGCGACGUCGAAAACGGCAUGGCACCAGGUUCGCAAACCGGUCCCGGUCGUCGAUGCGCGCAUGAAAAUCAUCCGUAACAAGCGGGCUAAGAUGCGUGACGCUCGCGACCAGCUGAUCGAGUUCAGUCGCGGUCGGGACGCUCGCUACCGUCUCCGAAACCGGGCGCGUGAAACGGAUCACGUUCGCCCACUGGCAAUGAUGCCAUCGUCGCGCGUACUGACUGCCGUUUCGUCCAAUGGUCGGAAUAGCGUCGGGUCAGAACAUUUCAUCAAACCGAAACUAUCAAACCGCCAUUACUCAACCGGAGAUUAUGUGCCGACAACGGUAAACGCUCAACCACCGAUCCCUCGCUUCCGUUCCGCCGCCGGCAUUUCCUUCCGGGGGGCCGAUGACGGGGAGGACGAUCCGUACAUGCGUAUUACGGCCACUCAAUCAAUCAGCUCAUUGGCAAAUGCAACACGCACGCUGCACAACGAUACAUUUUCGUUGCCCAGCUCGAUGCCACCGUUGCCACACUUCCGCACGGUACGGGGUCCGUUGCUGAGCACCAGCAACGGUUCGUCGUUGAUGAAUUUCACCGCAUCCACCACUAUCAACACCGAACCGGAUCCCUUCGAUCAGUACGAGGUGAAUCGGCGUCCGAAUUUGAGCGUUCCGCCGCCACCGUUACCGCCCAACCGACCGUUACGAAGCAUCCUGCGCACAAGACCGAGCACACCACCACCACCCGUACUGUCGCAGCCGAUCACAACCGGCGUACCGUUGAAUCUGUCCCCGAGCAUGCGCGCCCGUCUCGAGCGUGCUCCGAACCCGAACAAAUCGAUGGGCAUCUUUGCGCACAACUUUAACGGUGAACCGUCGGGGAAAAAUUUCUUUACCCGUUCACCGAGCCCACCCCCAAUAGUAACGGCUGGGUAUCGGAUUGUCGUUAGCAAUCUGCAUCCGAGCGUAACACAGAUCGACAUCAAGGAAUUGUUCGAGGACAUUGGCGAUCUGGUCGAAUCGCGGCUGGUACGCCCGGGCGUGGCCGAGGUAAUUUAUCGAAAUUUGAAGGAUGCCGAAAAGGCGGUAGAUGCUUACCACAACCGCCAGCUUGACGGGCAGCCCAUGAAUUGUCUGCUGGUAAAUCCCCGUGCUACCUACAAAAUUAAUACAGCAAAUUUAAAAUAUGGCCGGUAAACUUAACUGCGAAGGAAGUGAAAAUGUAAACCAGGUAAAAUUAUUUAAUAACGUGUUUGCGCGCAAACAUGAAAAAAAACACACACACAUUAAGUUUGCUACAAAAGAAAAAUACAUACACUCAUAGGUGUUUUAGCACGUGUAGGCGAUGAUAUAGGAUUAAAUGAGAUAGGUAGACACAGAAAGAGAGAGAGAUUUAUAGACAGAAAUUGCUGGUAUGCUAUGAAAUAGAGUAUACCGGUGAGAAUAUGUCCAAACGAAUAAGAAAGCGAACAAUCACAGACACGAGUCGAGUGAGGCGGACAGUAGGGAAAAUAAGAAUAGUACAACAGAAAAAAGGAUACAUACAUGUGACGAUGAGGCGCAUUUUCCCCUAGUACACACCACCAUCAGCGAGUGCGCGCCUGAUUUUGCAUGCCUCGCUAAAUGCGUUAAAAUAAUACAUUAAUUCACUCAUUUCUUAACUUUUACUGCAAAAAAAAAAAAUUGCAGACCAAAUCGCUGAUUGUUAAUAGGAUUUAUGGGAUGCUGGUGGUGUCAGAACACAGACACAGCUCUAUAACAAGGCCUGCCACCAAGCUCUGCACGGCAGAUCUAUUGUAACAUACACCACAUAAUGAUUAAACAAUUUUUCGUUCAUUGUAUUGCUUCUAUUGGGUUUUGUCUUGGCAUUUGCUAUGUUUGGAGUCAUUGCUUAGCCGUACAAACAUUGUAAGGGUUGGGGCGGAUAAGGUCGGAUGUCCAAAUAGAUGGACGACCUCAGCCAUCCAUAUCCUGCCCAAUGUUCUUACGUCUCAGUAGUGACUUCAGCCUUUUAGAUGUCGGAAAUUGCCAGUUAAUAAUAUGGUGAAGAGUAGUAAAAACAGUGCGGCGGCCCGGUGGUAGAUGCGACAGCGAUACCGAUUUUCACACAGCAGGACCAGGGUUCAAAUCCUAUUUAGGCCGUUCUCUCAUAGUGAGGACUGACUAUGCGGUAGCAGCAAAUCUAGUAAGCCAGACACAGCAGGUAUGACCUAAGAGGUCGUAAGGCCAAGAAAGAAGAAGCAGAAGUAGUGAAAAUGCAUGAAACAAUUUAACCGGU